AUGGCUACACAAACUGUCGAGAACGGUUCUAAAUCUGGUCCAAGACGAACUACUGUAGGGAAUUUAUUAAAACCCUUGAAUUCUGAAUAUGGUAAAGUAGCUCCGGGGUGGGGAACGACCCCUUUGAUGGGCGUCGCAAUGGCUCUAUUUGCGGUGAUUCGAGGAAAAAGCAUCAUGGCUGAAGAGUUUUACAACACGUUCUACAACGCGUUUACAUCUGACUCGUCUGAAACAUCAACUGUCACACCAAAGUCAAUAACAAAAACGAUCAAUGAGAACAUCAAUCAUGCUAACUUCUACGGAACACAUUCAAAGCCACCAACUCUGGAAAGCAUUGAGGAUUAUACAUGGUGGAAAGAACGGUUUCUUAACUGGGCGAAAGCGUAUGCUCAUGAAAGCUAG